AACAAGUUGUGACAGCUUCUUCAAUAUGGCCCAUUUAUUUAAAGCUUAAGGAAUCAAUACUUCAAAACAAUGAUAACUCAAGAUAUACAUGUGAUCUUACUCAAUGUGAAAAUCAAGAUGAUAAUGGUGAUACCGAAGAACUUUUUCCAACUACAUCUCAAUGUGCAAUGUCUACAGGUGAGAUAACCUCUUACCUCAAUAGUAAUGAAGUUGAUGAAACUAACAACAGUGAUGAAGAUACUUCUGCCAAUACCAGUAAUGAUACUGCCUCAGACACAAUGUUGAAUCACUUAGAAGAACACAUAAAAAGAGCCAUUAAAACACCACUUUUUAAACGAUACGAUAAUAAUAAAGCCAGACCAGUUUUACAAAAAAUAAGUUUUCUGGACCCAAGAUACAGAAGUCAUUACAUCGAAUUGGCACAAAAGGAUUUUAUCAUACGCUUAAUAAAACAAGAAAUGGACGAAAUUGGACAUCAAAUGGAAGUUGAUAAAACUGACAAAAAUACAAAUAUUGGAGGAUUGGCUGCAUUUUUGGGAAAUCUUUCAAACAUACCUGUUGAAACAAAUUCUAUACAAGAUUUGAACCAAAUAGAACUUGACAAGUAUUUAUCAUUGCCAAGUGUUGGUUUGAAUUGUAAUCCUUUACAAUGGUGGAAAAUAUUCCAUUCAGAAUUUCCAACAUUGGCCAAAUUAGCUAUGAAGUACUUGUGUAUACAAGGCACAAGUGUACCAAGUGAACGGAUUUUUAGUUGUGCUGGUAAUGUCAUUACUGAUCACCGAUCCUCAUUGUCUCCAGAACAUGCUGAAGAAUUAAUUUUUUUGUCUAUGAAUGCCAAGUAUGUUUCUAAGUGACUUAC